GUAUUCUUAUUACGUUCAAUCACCUUGUUGCUUCCGCUCAUUUUAAAUAUAUCACUUGGCUUUACUAAACCAAUAAUUUGAUUUUGAAAUAGUCCGUCUACGAUUUUACCCUACACUCCUAAAUUCUCAUUACUUCAUUCAUUCCUAAAGACAUGGAUUUAACAUCAAUUAUUCUUCACCAGCAUAUUAAGAAAGACGUUACACAACAGGUUACUCCGUACGAAAUUUAUUUUGUCUUCUCUCGUUUAAAGCGAAGCCGUGCAUUGAUGAUAGUUAUCCAAGUAAUGGUACUGACAAUAGUAUCGACAAAAUCUGUGAUAGUUUUUAGAAAUACUCUUGUGACAUAUACUCUCGAAAUGAUUAUCUGGAGAAUCCACCAGUUACAACAGACGAUAUCAUCAUAGAAAUGUGUGAGUUUCAUUUAUUUUAUCUACUGUUUACAUUUGUUCAAAGUGCAUCUAGUUACAACGUGUCAACGUCGAUGUAGUUUGUCGCUAUUUCUCAUUAAUACUUCACCGUAGACGUCUGUGUUGAAGACAACAAAUAGGGAUCGUGAUACCGAAAGAACUAGUUCUCACGAAUCCAAAAUAGAUGAUGUGAUAAUCACUUGCUUUUUUUCACCUCUUAUCCCAAACUCUAAUUAAAAAGAAUAUGAGAAAACUACAUUCAAACAUUUUUGAACACGUUUGUUGAAAUGAAACGGAACACUUGAAUGCAUAAUAGACUGGAAGGUGGUGUUGAUAUUCGGAAAGUAAUUGAUGGUUUCAUAAUGUGGUGUGGCACAUUGAAUCAAUGUCGGUUGUCACCAUUCAAAUUAUUAUAUAUCUAAUAUUUCACUUCAGAUUUCAUGUGCAGUUAGCACUUCGCGCACAAAUGCUAUUGGAAUCAAGAUCAACAAUUCGUCGAGACGCGUCAUCGUUUUUGUUCUGUUAAUUUUUCUGAACAUUGUAAAUUUCGUUAGAAAAAGGGUAGUUAGAAGUCUUCCUCAAAGUAACCAAAGACAGAAUGUAAAGACCAGUUGUCUGCACGUACAAUAAAGACAGAGUGUUGAACACCAUGCAAUGGCUCAAAUAUACCAGAUAAUUUGAUGCUGUCUUCUGGUGUUACGUAUUGCUAUUCAAAAGUUGGAAAUCCAAAGUACUCUGUAUUCUGCCUUGUCCUGUUGGUCCGAUCGUGCUUCGAUAAGCAUUGUAUCUGAACUGGUUUACAAAGCACUUUGAUGUUAGAGUAUCUAUUCUUGAAAACGUGUGUUCAAUUACGUGAGCGAUCUCAAUGCAAUCAAUAUCUAUGUGACAUAUAGGGAUUCUACGAAAUAACUACAUAGAGAUCUGUGUGAAAACAAGAUGUAUCUCAAACAUCGAAUUGAGUGUUAGAAAAUGACUAGUACUGAUCAACACAUCGGAAUAACUCAGUAACUCAGGGUCGAGUGCUUGGAUUUUAACAAAUGAAUUCAGCAUGCUCUUUUACACUCAUAAACGUGAGGAAUGAUAUGUGAAAUAGAAUCACACUUAUGGCAGAAUCGGAUGUUUCAGGCAUAACUUAGUGGAGUACUUUACAGCAAACCAUCAUGUAUCACCAUCAAUCAAAUUCGUAUGUAAUAAAUAGAAUACUGUCACUAGAACCCCUUUGACGUUACCAUUUUGUGGAUUUCUUUUGCUUUUAGUAAGACGUGCAGAAUACACAAAUGUACCGGGUAUCAAAGCAGCUAAAAAUUUAUACGAAACGUGCACGAAUGCCUCUUUGAUGGACGGUCCGUUGAUAGAGACGAAAGUUGUUGAAAUGAUAGAAGCAAUUUUUAACGGAUGGCUGAUGUCAGCAAAUCAUUUACAUAACCUCAAAUCCACAAAUAACUUUCUUGAGAGUGGGAAGUUCAAUCUGACCGCAAUAAUUUUACCACUUUUAUUUCGAAAUGAUGUAACACCUUUCUUUGAAUUUGGUGAUCAUUUUAAUGAUCUACCAGUAGAUGCUCCAUUCAUUUAUAUUCGUCCGGGAUCACUUGACGCAUUUAACAAGGCGAAGUUAAAUAUGGUACGAUGAAACAAAUAAAUCAAUUCAGUCAUAUUUAAUGCAGUGAUCAAGAAAGUUUUAUUUAUUCGUUUGUUUUUAACCUGUUGCCAGAUGUGAUACUUAUCACAGGAAACAGUUUAUUAUGUUAAUUUGAACAAUCAGAGGGGUAAACGCAGUUCAGAGAGAUCCAUGAAAUGAUUCUACUAAGUAUAUGUUGCGUGCACUGUCCCUCAUGCUGAUAUUUGAACGGGUUUCCACCUCAGUCAUGCCAAUCAUUAUUCUCAAGUAUGUAUGGAUAAAAUGUUUAUGAACACGUACUUCAUCAAAAUAGUGUCUCACCCAUCUUCUAAUAUCUCAACUUUCAUUACGUGGAACAUUUAGGAGGUGACCAAUGACUGAUAGUUUGAGAGUGAAAACUAAGAAAUACAGGAGAAUGCACACACAGGUAGACUGAUGAGGAAUGCCAAACAUUCGAUAAUAAUACUUGAAUAACAUAGGCACUUAAAAGAUGAAUAUUAUCAUCAAAUGGUUUGAUCCUAGCGACGAUUAAAUACAAUUACUAGUUAAGAUUCAUAAAUUGAACAAGAACAAACCCAAUAAACAUUGUCGUAGGUGUAUGAAAGCAGAUUUCAUUUUGGUCCAAAGAUUCACAGUAACAAUAUCCGUAGAGUGUCCUAAAAUGUCUUCGAAGUGUUUUCUCAAUUUCCUCCUCAACUGGUCGCUUGUUUGUUGUCUAUCAGCGUAGGUUAUUACUGAUGCCCUACAGUCAAUAAUCGGAGGAUCUUGUAUAGGCAAUUGUCCAUAUGCAUAAAUAUACUCUCUUUUGUCUGUAGUCUUGAUAGUUUGCUUCGUACAAUAGAAUCAAUGUGACACCAUAGUUGAAAAUUCCAUAUUCUGUCUGGAGUAACAGGUUUUAGAAUUUCCGGUAAACUUCAAUUUCAGGGAUGUUUUCCUUUGUAGUACCAGUUCAUAUGUUAGGCCCAUAUACUUUAUUCUAGUUACUGGCCAAGCCAAUUCACCUGUACAUUGAGUCAUCUUUUGAUCUUGUUAAUCAUCUGCUUAUUAACCUUGAGUACUUUUUAUAUGAGCGCAUAUGUGUACACUUCGUAUCUUAUUCAUCAUAUGUCUGUCACUCAUUUUUGCCUGCCUAUAAAUGUUAGUUAACGCUUGCUUAAAAUGAGUUGGCUUCCCAGCCAUCUCCAAUACGCAUCAUCUUUGCUUCGCUUGCUUACAGUUGCUCAUGUGCUUACAACUUUCUGGUCUGCAUCGAUUAUCAAUAAAAAUGUAGUUGCCGCUUCCCUUUGCCUUCUGAUAUUAUACACCGUUAAGAUUGGUAUUAAUAACGGUUAUCGAAGCGAACUAUGAUCGAAGCACGGCACUACAAAACUGGUAAUCCCGACGUACGAACACACAACACAAUUAGCGACCCCGACUUACGAACGCGAAAGCAUAAUUGGAUGUCUCGCCGAACGAACAUCGACCAGAAUCGACAACCUCGACGUACGAACUCACAACAUAAUUGGCACGCCGUAUUUGGAACACGCGACAGAAUCGGCAACCGCAACGAGUGAACACAAAUCAAAAAUGAAACCGCGGACGACAUAUUUCGUUGAUUCUAAUAAUCAUCAUAUGCUCAUUAUUACAAUAAUGUCAUAUCAUCAUCUAACGUGGAAUUAUUAUUUUUGCUCGUAUUCACAUUAAACUAUGACAUUCACGCAGUCGAAUCACUAAUCGAACAAAUUAUAAUUAUUUGGACAUUACACGUUAUCAUAUUCGAAACUCACUGAAUUAUUUUUAUUAUCCAAUGACGUACAAUUUUCCUGAUUCAAGUGAGUUCGUUCCAAUUUUUUCAUGUCGUUUUCGGUCUAAUAUUACACUCUAUCAUAGACAUAAGUUUGGAGUCACACUCCCGAUAGUAGUAACUUAUGUUCUCGAUAGACAACUAAUGUUCAUUCAUUUCAUUGGUACGCAGCAACCGUCGUUUCCUACAUUUUCAGCGACAACCUAAACCGAACUUCCGCAAUUUUUGUUUCACUAUGAUCCCUACUUUAAUGUCUAUACACAAAUAAAGUAUUCGACGCCGCAUUACCAGCCGAUUAGUAAUGAUUAUGUUCAUAUUAUCUAUUCAUUCAUAUGUAUAUCUGAAUGCUGCAUCAUCCAUUACCGAUAAUCACAAUUCGAUUACUACGAAUAAUAUUCUAUUCUCAAUGCACUGUACGCCAGAACAUAGAGUUUAGAGCUAGUCUCUCAAGGAUACACUCUUGUUCGUCACAUCCAAGUCAGCCUCACUCGCCGCCAUCGAUAAUCAUAUGUAUUGGUAUUUUUGUUAUGCCUUAAUACGGUUUCGUAACAAACGAAGUUGAGCGCAUAUCCCUCUAACUACACAAACCACGAUAGGCUUCAUGACCAAAAAGGAAUACGACUCCGCAUAUCUCGUCUCAGCAGUCACUAUCCUGUUCCUUUGGUCAUUCUACUAAUACAUAUUUAACGAUAACUCGACGCAAACGGUAACAUACGCUGACUUCGCAUUUUAUUAUCAUUAUCAGUAGCAGUACAGCAAUGAAUAUCAACCGCUGAUGCAGUCAUCAUCCUACGGCUGGAUUAUUUUUUAUCCCACGUAAACUCCAAUCGUGUAAAUUCGAAUCCACUCAUCGCCAAUCGACUCUAUUUACUCGACUGCAGCUUAUCAGAACAUAUUUCACUGUUAUUUAUCCUCAUAUUCAAUCAGCACCACAGAGCAAUUACUGUUAUACUCUAUUUUCACUAUAUUUCAAAUCGCUCAUACGAACAUGUUAUUUUAUCAUUCGGACAGUCACUACAUAAAUUCAUGUUAAAUUUUUUCGAACGCUUACUAAUGUACUCAUAAUCACAUGCUAGCAUCCCUAUUUUUGUCCGCACUUUGACAAUAUUCAUGUUCCUUUUUACAUAAGUAUGACACUUUCGCUCAAUACGCUCACCCCUCACAUGACACUGUAAUUCAUCAGGUAUUGUACCAUUUUUUCCCACAUUUUGACGUUAUCCUCAUACCGCUUCAGUGUUAUUUUUCGAAAAUAGACAUUUUUUUAUAAAUGUGCUAUUUUCUCCAAGGGGGCUAUGUAGUACCAGUUCAUAUGUUAGGCCCAUAUACUUUAUUCUAGUUACUGGCCAAGCCAAUUCACCUGUACAUUGAGUCAUCUUUUGAUCUUGUUAAUCAUCUGCUUAUUAACCUUGAGUACUUUUUAUAUGAGCGCAUAUGUGUACACUUCGUAUCUUAUUCAUCAUAUGUCUGUCACUCAUUUUUGCCUGCCUAUAAAUGUUAGUUAACGCUUGCUUAAAAUGAGUUGGCUUCCCAGCCAUCUCCAAUACGCAUCAUCUUUGCUUCGCUUGCUUACAGUUGCUCAUGUGCUUACAACUUUCUGGUCUGCAUCGAUUAUCAAUAAAAUUGUAGUUGCCGCUUC